CAUUGAAUAAUAAAGGAGGAGGUCAGGCUUAGCAUAGCAACGCAGCAGAAGAUCAGAAGCAGUGAAGAAGAUGGCUAGCCGAUUACUCGCUCCGUUAAGGUCUCCUGAAUGGAGAUCAUACUUCAUGAGCACCCAUUUCUGGGGACCAGUUGCUAACUGGGGGCUGCCAUUAGCUGCUAUACAAGAUAUGAAGAAAGAUCCAAAGUACAUCAGUCCAAAGAUGACCGUUGCAUUAUGCAUAUAUUCUUUACUGUUCAUGAGAUUUGCUAUUAAAGUCCAGCCAAGGAAUAUGCUCUUGUUUGCAUGUCAUUUCUCGAAUGAAACAGCUCAACUCAUUCAACUGUCACGAUGGGCCAAACAUGAAUACUUCAACAAGCAAUAGUGACAAUAAUAAUUAUUUGCCUCAUGCUAAUGUGUUAUUAUUAUUAUUAUUACAGAUCUUAUGUUUCGUUGUAUGUUGCUAUGUUGAUGUGUUUAUAGAAUAAAUAAUAUAUUUAAAGAUUGUCUUAAAAAUAA